GAAAAGUAGAGAAUUAGUGGUGGAAGUAUUGAAAAAGGAAGCAUCGUCUCUUACACGUCUGAGGCAUCCAUGCAUUCUAGAAGUUGCUGAACCCCUGGAAGAGGUACGAUCAGAACUCACUUUUGCAACAGAACCAGUCAUGGCUUCUCUAUCACAAGCUCUGCUGGCAAGUGAAUCAUCGGGGAGGGCAAGCGAUAGUCUCCAAUUAGACGAAAUUGAAAUACAAAAGGGGCUACUGCAGGUUGCGAGGGGAUUGGAGUUCUUGCAUGGCGCCGGAUUAGUACAUGGGAAUCUAACACCUGAUGCAAUUCUAGUCAAUGUCAAAGGCGAUUGGAAAUUGUCAGGAUUCGGGUUUCUGACGCCUUUGAAGCAACCCGAUGGCACACCAACACCUUUUGAAUAUCCGGAUUACGAUCCGAGCUUACCAACAGCUUUGAGUAGAAAUUUCGACUACUUGGCACCAGAGUAUGCACUAGAUGAGAAGCGUGAACCGGCAAACGAUAUCUACUCGCUAGGAUGUGUUAUGUUUGCAGCUCACAACAAGGGAGAGCCACCAUUCCGAAACCGAAACAGUUUACAGAACAUCCGACAAAAUGUUGAUCAUCUCGGAACAGUUGCCUCGUCAAGCACAUGGCAAAGAAUGGGAAGAGAUUUAAUCGCUGUGCUCUCCACACUUCUAACACGAUACCCCGGAGCAAGGCCAGAUGCUUCUGCUUUUCAACGAUCAGAAUAUUUCAAUAAUAUGCUCACACAAACACUCAAAUUCAUGGAACGGGACAAUUUUGCGGGAAAGACAAAGGAAGAAAGAGUUUCUUUCUUGAAGGGCCUAUUGAGGAUUUUGGAUCAAUUCUCCGAUCGUCUUUUGCGUAGAAAGGUCUUGCCCGCUUUGCUAGAGUUAAUGAACGAUCGUACUCUACUACCCUUCAUCCUUCCCAAUGUUUUCGUCAUCUCCAAGAAUCUCUCUUCGAUUGAGUUCACAACAAACGUCUUACCAAAGCUCAAGCCUCUUUUCGGUGUACAGGACCCUCCGCAAAAUCAGCUGAUCUUACUGGAACAGAUUGAACUUUUUGUAUCCAAGACAUCUCCGCCAGUGUUUAGGGAACAGGUAACUCCGCUCUUGUAUUCGGCCUUGGAAGCAGAAAGCGUUCCAUCACAAGAGAAAGCCUUGCAGACUGUACCUCGAUUGUGCGAAGUCCUAGAAUACUCGCAUGUGAAAGAAGUCUUGUUUCCCAAGAUUGCUGCUUUGUUCACGAAGACUAGGGUGCUAUCGGUCAAGUGCAAUACCUUGAUUUGUUUCCAUUCGAUGAUUAGUGUUUUGGACAAGUAUACCCUUACGGAGAAGCUGGUACCUAUCCUUGCGAGAAUCAAAACUCGCGAACCAUCCGUGAUGAUAGCCACGCUUGCUGUCCAUGAUGCUAUGGCCAAGAAAGUUGAUCGUGAAACGCUUGCAACGUCCAUCAUUCCACAGCUUUGGACAAUGUCAAUGGGACCCCAAUUAACCGCAGAGCAAUUUCAACGUUUUAUGAGAGCGAUUGACGAAAUGGGUGAAAGGGUAAAGAAAGAACAUCUGCAACAUUUACAAGAACAAAAGAGAAUGCAAGAUCAUACGGAGAGUUAUGUGGCAGGGUCUUCUGCUGGAGAUGGCGGUAGUAUAUCAGCUCUCACGCCUUCGGGUGACGUUGAUUUCGCCAAACUUGUUGGGUCUGCCAAAGCGGGCGGUCAGCAAGUUGCAAGGGAUAUGCCUGUUGGUGGUAAUGUGUUGGAUGUUAUGUCAUGGGAUGAUCUGGAUACAACUUCUGUUUCAACGCCUGCUCAAAGUAUGACGCCCACCACGAUCACACCUUCACAUACCGGAUCCACAAAGGCGGCCAACAAUGGAUUCAGUGCAUCUAGUACAAAUGCCUUUACAUCCUCAUCCCUCAGCGGUAAUCGCACAAUUGCUCCACCGCCGAUUAACAAUCCGGUUAGCAGACCAUCUUUCACUUCGAAUUUGUCGUCGUCUUCCAUCGGAAGCAAACCUAGUGUUGCUCCGCCUCCUGGUUGGUCGGGCAACACUCUAUCGCCCUCUUCUUCUUCUACGAACAUGAGUGGAUUCGGAGGUAGUAGCUCUUCGGGACCUAAUUAUAAUAUCUCCUUGACUUCCGCCAGCAACAACAACAACAAUUCUUCUUCGCCUUUGACCAAUAUCUUACAAAAAAUAAAAUGUACAGUAAUAUCCGAAGAGAGAGAGAGAGUUAACGAGUUCUUUCUACUGAGAUUGCCAAGAGGAAAGUGCCAAAGAUCGUUUGACGAACCAUUUUUUGUCUCCAUGACGAUGCUUUUUGCCUUCAUCUUUAUCACCAUGAUGAUGAUGCCAGCCUGGCGGUCCACCUUUUGGAGGAGGAUGAGGGUGUCUGGGGUGAUCGAUAUGAUUUCCGUCCAAGCCGACAUAAAUGCUAACGAUGCACAUGUACAAAAUCACAGCCCAAAAGAAAGCAGCGCAAAACCUUCUUCCUGCACGAGGACCACGUCUUGAUUGUGAAGCAGGAAAUGGUAACAUUGGAUCUCCCGCCGAUCCAUUGACGGAUGUUGAACCGAUCGGGAUUCGUAACGUUCCAUCGGACUGAUAAGGUGAUUGACCGUAUCCGUCACGUUCUGUUCCUAGGCUUGGGAAUGGAUAUAGUCUUUGUGUUUCAUUUGCGGCUGAUGUGUUUGCCUGAUGCGAAGGAAUGCUUUGGGCAGGACCUUUUGCCAUACCAUUAUCUUGUACGCUACUUGGCUGUGGAGGUCUUGAACUGGUGGCCUCUUCGUACGUUGGCACUUGUUCAGCAACGGCAGCAACACCUGCACUGGAUCCACUUGAAGACACGUUUGACUUUGAAUCUACAACAGCCAUAGUGAGUAAUGAUGGGAUAGGUGGGAUCUGGUGAUGACAAUGCAAGAUUAAAAUUUCACCGCCACCUCUUGCAUACAGUCGCAUC